AUGUCUGAUCCACCGAAGAAGCCAGGGUCUCUGCGAGACCGCAUAGCAGCCUUCGAGAACAAGGGCACGACCGCUGCCCCGCCUGCGCCCACGCCGCGAUCCAAGCCCGCAGGUGUUUCCUGGAAGCCCCGCCCGCGUUCCCCUCCCCCUGUGACGAGCGAUGAUGAGGCACAAGUGCCGCCAAGGCGAGCGGGUGUCAGUCUGAAGGAGCGCAUGGCUGCGCUGCAGGGCCUCCACGCCUUCGGAGGCGGCUCUGUAUCACCUCCCCCGAAGCCCGCGACUGAGAAGCCCAAGUGGAGCCAAGCCAGCCGUAGUGCCAGAAGCGAGAGCGACGCCCAGGAACAUGAGCCUAUCGUUGAAGCGGAGCAUGCUGCUGAGGAGGGCGAAGGACAGGGUGAGCCUGACGCCGAGGAAGAGGAGAGACAACGUCGCGCUGCGAUUGCUGCUCGGAUGGCGCGUCUUGGAGGCGCCAGAGUCGGGAUGGCGCCGCCAGUCUUUGGAAAGAAGCCCGAUGUGAAGAAGCAGGGAUCGCUCAAAGUCGAGGACGACGAGCACAGGGAGAAGCCAGCUCCGGCUGUCAGCCCUCCAGCAGAGCCCGCAGUGGUCUCACCGCCUGAGACUGCUUCUAUCACGUCCCAGACAUCCGACGCAGCUGCGACAGAUUACUUCGAGGCUAAGGAUCCCGAACACCUCUCCCCUGAAGCAGGUCCUACACCUCCGAUCCGCUCACCCGCGAUGCCAGUCCCAGCUGGUCCUCGCAGGGCCGCUCCACCGCGUAAGCGCGCCGCGAAGUCUCCGUCGCCUGCCACCGCCAAUGUACUGCAGGAGGGAGUGGUGAACGAGAGUCCAUCCCCCCUCCCCGAUGCUCCAACCCCUGCACCGGAAGUCUCCGCGCCGUCAGUUGUUCAGGCAGAGUCUCUCGGACCCCACGGAGAUCGCGAGCCAGAAAUUACCGCUUCGCAGGUGGAGGCCGUGCUUGAGAGCGUUGAUGUCCCAAGCGUGGAACUGGCCGAAGAGACGAAGGAGGCGCUGGCGGAUGCGCCGCCUCCCGUCGCUGCAGGACCCCUCGAGACAGACCAGGCGCCCGAAGCGCCUGUUCACGAGGAUGAAGCGGAUCCUAGGGCUGCACAUCUUGAGGAAACUACCGCGGGAGAGGCGGAGACGCAUACGGAGGUUACAGAGCCCACUGUAGUCGGAGUAGAGGAGGAGCAUCCAGCCGAAGCAGGAGAGGAGCAUCAGCAGGCACAGGAGCAUGAACAUCUGGAAGCAGUUGAGGAAGAGACAGAAGAAGAGGAAGCGGCGCGACGCAAGCGUAUCGCUGAGCGGCUCGCGAAGGCGGGUGGCGUAAACCCUCUGAGCGGACCUAUCCGUACUAUGGAGUCCCCUCCAGCCUCGCCUUCCUCAGCUCACAGCAUCCCAGCAUCCGUAGAGCGUCGGCAAAGCCUGAGGAAGGACAGUCAUGGCUCCAUCGCGAGCGCGAAGUCGGUUUCGUCGCCUCCCGUGCCAACGUCCCCCAAGCCGGAAGUCCCGCGCAGGCAAGGAAGCGUGCACUCGGUGCAUUCCCAAGUGUCGGUGGAGCACCCUACGCGCAGAAUGUCUCAGGAUGAACGCAGAUAUUCGGUCGGGGAACCGGAGCCUGUAAGAACGUUUGCCGAAGAUAUCGUCGAAGAGCCCGAGCCGCAUGACCAACAUGAGGCUGUCUAUGAAGAGCAAGGUAUCGCCGAGGAGAGCUACUUGCCGGAGGAUACGGGAGAUGAACACGAGAGUGUCCACUAUGCUGAUCCUACUCCGAUUGAGGAAGCGGAAGCUCAAGAAGAGGAGGCAGAGGACGAAGAGAUUCCUCCACCACCACCUCCACGAGUGCAUCCAGAUGCACGGGAGGCUGCAUCGCUUCCUUCUCGUAGCCCAUCAAAGCGGCUGUCUGUACCACCUCCAAGACUUCCGCCCCCGCCCCCACCGCCUCAGGACGAUUCGGAAGAUACGUCAGAUGCAGAGCCUGUCAAGCGAUUAUCAGUGCCUCCUGGCGUACCCCCGAGACCCCCGCCUCCGCCUCCUGAUGUGGAGGAACAAGAAGAAGUGCCACCGCCUGUCCAUCGUGAGCUCCGUCCACCGGUCCAUCCGACAGACGAGGGGGACGGUGCUCGUGAACAAUACAAGACUCCGGAGGUCACUCAUGUCGUCGUCGAUCAUCAUGAACAGCCUAUAAUCCACUCAGACGCUGCAAGGGAGGACUAUGAAGACAAUGACUACCACGAAGAGCUCUACGAGGAACCGGAGUACGAAGGGUAUGAACAAGAUGACGCUGAAGGUGACGAUUCAACAGGAGCGCUCGCGCAUCCCUCUCACCGCCAGGAGAUCCUGGUACCAGCGCCUGUAGUAAAUGAAUUGCAAGAGGAAGCAGAGGAGGAAGCUCCUCCUCCGCCUCCUCGACGCCCUUCAGUACAUGAUCAGCCUCAGAGGGUCACCUCACCUCCUUUGCCUCCGGGAAGGCGGCCUUCUGCGGAUCAGGCUUCAAGAUUUUCAACUCCAACUCGACCACCGGUUCCUAAGCUUGCCCCAGUUGUUGUCAUACCUCCCGCGAGGCGUGAGUCAGAGGUCCUCGACGAUUCUCAUGGUGAUCCGAUAGACCCUGGCUUCUAUAGCCCUCCCAAGUCUCCAUCGAUCAGAACUCAGCCGCUUCCUGUGCCGACGCCCCCGCCAGAUACUCUUGAAUUGCCGACGGCUGAAGCGCAACCGGCGGAUGAGGAAGAGGAAGACCCGGAACAAGCUCGACGUCGCACCAUCGCGGAGAGAAUGGCAAAACUAGGUGGCAUCAGAUUUGGGGCACCUCCGCCACCCCCUCCAAUGCGUCGACCCCAACCACCUCCGGAAUCACAGGAGAGCGAGGAAGGUGCGCCCCAACAGCAGGAAGGCGAGCAAGAGGAUGCCCCGGAAGAGGAAGAUGAGUUCGCUCGCAAGCAGAGAAUCGCAGCUCGAAUUGCCGGGAUGGGGGGCAUGCGAUUUGGGAUGAUGCCUGGCGCUGCUCCGCCGGUUCCACGGCAGCAAACCAGACCGACCAGUCCACCUGCGCAAGCUGAAGAACAACCUAAGACGCCAACUGCUCCACAUCGCAUGGUCCCAACAGUACCACCGCCCCCUCCCCCUCCCGAACCGUCUGAAUAUGACGACGGUGAGCAGAUUGAACCCGAGGAGAGCGAGGCUGAGGAAGUUACAUAUGAAGAAGCGCAAGAAGAAGAAGAAGCGCCGCCUCCUGUGCCGUCUCGAGUUGGGAGACAUUCGUCCAUUGUGGAAGCUCAUCGGCCACCGGUACCCCAGACGUCACGGCCACCAGUACCGCAAGUGCCAGCUCCUCAGCCUGCAAAGCGGACAAGUGUUGGUUCCGCACACGAGCAGCCUGGCUCUUCCAACUUCACCUACCCGCCACCACCGACGAGGCGGCCUUCCAUUCCGACACGCGACGCCCAGAAUGACUUCGUCAUGGUGGGAAAUGACGAAGAAGCAGAAGAGCCGCCACAGCCACCGCCGCGAACUGUCAGUUUGAGGAAGGCACAUCAGCCGCCUUCACGCACUGCGCCGCGUCCACCUCCCCCGCUUUCAGCAGAGCCACAAGGAACCCCUGCUAUCCCUCAAGUCGACUUCGGUGGCGAAACAGAUUUGUCGCUUUCCGGUCAAUGGUCGGAGGACUCGACAAAUUACCCUCCGCCACCGCCGCCGCCUACGAAGGGCGAGUUCGCGCCCCUUUCGUCGUCGCGCUCGGACAUUCAACUUACUCCAGAAGAGCUCGUGAAGCAGUGGGGCCGCGUCGGUGUUCAGAUUCACGAGACAGCGGCAGUACUAUUCGACAAGUCGAAGAAGACACUCGUUGGGGACGGAUCGUACCUCGGGUUUGUGACUGCAGUGCUCGGCCAGGUCCCGAACGCCGCUCAUCCGGUCCCACCAUUCGAUAACUUCGGCUACCUCAUCUAUAUGCAGACUGGCGGGUCAGUGCAGAAGAGAAUCAGUGAUGUGAUGCCUGGGGAUGUCAUUAUGAUCCAGGAGGCGAAGCUCAAAGGGCACAAGGGUUUGCAAAGCUAUAACCAGACAGCCGGUGUUGGUGAACCGCUUUACGCGAUCGUGAGCGACUACGAGUUGAAGAAGUCGAAGGUGAGGGUAUUCCAGGCGAACCAGCACGUCGGGCAGCAGACCGUUGAAUCGGUGAGCUAUAGACUGGAGGAUCUCAAGAGCGGGUCUGUCAAGAUCUUCCGUGUGCUAGAGGCAUGA